UUCCUGCUUCACUUUCUUGAAGCAGAAACUGAACUGCACAUUUGCUCAAACACCAUCGAAGAAAAAUCUCACUCUUCUCUUCCACUCAAAAUGCAGAGGGGCAACUAUAAUCCCCGUAUAAAUCCCUACCAAAGCCACCAAAUUCAUCAAUUACCCCGUCAAAUCCCUCAAAAUCCCUACCAAACACAUCAAAUUCAUCAAUUACCUCCUCAGAUCCCUCAAAAUCCACCAACAAACCUCCCUAUUAACCAUCUUCCUCCUCCAAGUUACCCCUUUUCCCCAGAAUAUGAAAGAAUCUUAAGAGAUGAAGUUAUUUACCUUCAUUCUUUAUGGCAUAGAGGCCCUCCUUCUUCUCCCUUAAACCCUUAUUCUCGAACACCCCACUUUCUUAAACCCUCAAUUCCAACAAUCUUCAAAAAUACCCAAAAAAUCCCUAAAACCAUUCAACCCCAUCUCAUUUCUGAUAAGGAAUGGCCCGUUGAAUCAAUACCCAAAUGCCCAUCUUCGCCAUCUCCAUCUGGGUCGAUUUGGCCAAGGUUUAAGCCGGAUUCGGCCCCGGUUACUCGCCCCGCGACGGGUGAGGAGAAGGAGAGGGUGUUGGGGUUGAAGAUUCAGUUGAAGGGUUUGGAUUUUUGCUCUGGGUUGUUCAAUAAAGAGGGAGAUAGUGAUGAUGGUGGUGAUGAUGAUGAUGAUGAUGGUGAUGAUGCAGAGGAGUAUGAGUUUUUUAUGAAGGUGUUUGAAGAGGGGGAGGAAUUGAGGGGUUAUUAUAAGAAGAAUUGUGAGAAUGGGGAGUUUUAUUGUUUGGUUUGUGGGGUUUUAGCUAAUAAACUUGGGAGGAAAUAUAAGAAUUGUGUUGCUCUUGUUCAGCACUCGGUUACUAUUUCCAAAACCAAGAAAAAGAAUGCUCACAGAGCUUAUGGGCAUGCCAUUUGUAAGGUUCUCGGAUGGGAUGUUCAUCGGCUUCCGGCGUUGCCGUCUGCAGUUGGGGAUGCUAGUGGUCAGUCCUUGGAUAAAACCUGUGUAUUCCCGAGUGAGAGUAAGGUCACUGCCGAUGCAUGUGAGGCAGAUGGUCAUGGAAGUUUGAAAAGGGAAGGAAUUUGUUGUAAUUCUGAGCAUGUUCAGUUGGAGCAAAAUAAUACGUCUGAUUCUGCGCAAGAGGUUGCUAAUGAACUAAGAGCAGAAGGCUCUGGUGUUGGCGGCGAAUCAGUUGAUUAUGAGUUAUCAUUAACGGGAGAUACUAUCAAGUAAGGAUUGGAAGGAGAGUUUCUGAUUCGAAAGUGUAUAGCUAACAACAGGGCCUCGUAAGUAUUGGGAUAAUGAUCACUUGUAUUUGAGCAAGCCUCAUAAGUCGGAAGAGAAGAGAAGAAUAUAAACAAAAGAUAAGAAAAUCUGAUGAGUUUGUGUUUGAUGUAGGGAUUCCCACUCUAAUAGGCUUAGAUAAUUCUCUGGUACAUUAUCUGGGCUCCAUUGUAUAUAAUUUGUAGGUGUUCUAGCGAAACUGAGUCAGAGCACCCUGAUCCAAUAGGGCGAAAUUAGCUUUCUUCUUUUACGCAGUACGUCUUUCGCCCCGUCUGUGCUGCACCCACCCCCACCCCCACCCCCACCCAGUUAAUUAAGCUUCCAUCUGCUAGCAAUGUGAUGAAAAACCAUUGAGAUAUGUAUGUGAUCCUUCCAGCAAAUAUGCAGUAACUUAUCGAAUCAAGUAGUAAUGGUGAUUUUACAAUUAAAUCUGCCACAUGGCUAGCACAUAAUUUUUAUUCUCCCACAAAUUGGGAAUUUUCUUGGAUA